ACCAUCAUCUGUGACAGUUCGCUUUCAAAAGUCGUUGUACAAGAAGUAGUAGAAUAAUUUUAUAUUCCUAAAAUCUUACUGUUCUAGUGAAAAGUAUUAGAAGUAACUAUAGUAAAAAGUUUUUCAUGUCUGUAAAAAUGGAUUUUCUCUGGCAACUUUUUGGAUUGGUGAUUAUUGCCUUGUGCUUUGACUUAGGAGGAACUUUUCAACAGAAUCGACUGGGAAUUGAUUUACCAGAGGAACUACAUUCAUUGGUUGAUGAAGAAGAAUUUGGUUAUGAUAAUUUAUUACUGUCAACAUGUGAAAAACAACAUCCGGAUAAUGUUACUUUGGAUCUAUCAUUUUUGGGAAUAAAGCGACUGUCAAAUAGUUUUGUUUCUAAUCAACAUGUCACUUGUCUGGACCUGCAGUUAAACGAAUUUUCAAAUAAUGUGGAUUUCAACGACUUUCAGAUGCAACCAAAUCUGGAAUAUUUAAAUCUGGCCAGAAAUCUAAUUAAUCUACAAAAGCUGUUAAAUGAAUCUUCACAUUCAAAAAUUAAAACUCUUGUUUUGGAUCAUACAUUAUAUUAUAGGGAAUAUAAUGGCUACGUAUAUUAUGAUUACUCAAAUUUCGAAAUACUUCAUCUUCGUUUUCCGAGUUUACAGUAUCUUUCAUUAAGAAGGGUUAACCCUAUUAAUAAUGAUCAAAACGAUUUUUCGUAUUUAAAUUUUACUUCAACGAAUUUAACACAUUUAUUUUUGUCCGACAAUAAAAUACGCGAAAUAAAUGAGAGAUUCUUCAAAAAAUUUCCAUCAACAUUGACUCAUUUGUUUCUGGAAAGAUGUGGACUUACUUCAUAUUCAGCACCAGUGAAUCAAACAGCAUCACUGACUUCGCUAUCAAUAGAUGGUAAUUCAUUUUCAUGUUCAAAUGGUAAUUGCUUGGAUUUCGAAAAUCAUCCGAAUUUGAAAUAUUUAUCUUUGGCACACUGCGAAAUAAGCAUUCUUUCACACAACACAUUUUUCUUUAAUUCAAAACUUACUAAUUUGGAUUUGUCAGAAAAUAAAAUUCAACAACUUUCUGAUAGAGUAUUUCUGAAAACACCAGCUCUGGAAUCAUUGAACCUAAACAACAAUCAACUUUCGAAAAUACCAAAUCUCUAUACUUUGUCGAACUUGAAAAAAUUAUAUGUGAACGAUAAUCAAAUAACAAAUGUGAAUAAGAAAUCUUUUACUAAUUUAGGAAAUCUGGAAAUCUUGUCAUUGAGUAGUAAUAAUAUUGUGGCGAUUGAUGCUAGUACUUUUGAUAAUCUUUCGAGUUUGAUUGUACUCGAUCUUUCUGGUAACAAAAUAAGGAGUUUAGAUUAUAAUUCACCGUUUAAUCUCGAUUAUUUGAUUUUAUCAAACAAUUCAAUUUCUUCAAUUAAUGAUAUUCAUUUGGAUAAUUCAACAAUGAAAUAUUUGAUACUUGACAGAAAUCCUUUAAAGAAUUUAAUGCCUAAGUCUCUUAAAUUUUUAUCAGAAGAUACGACGAUUGUUUUGCAGUUGUUGACGAUUUUCAUCAUGUGCUACGAUUUUGGAAAUUGUUUUCAAAAAAAUCCAAUUGACGACCAAUGUCUAAGAGGAGAACCGAAAUUAUUGAUCAAGGAAACAAUAAUUGACGAAGAUAAAUUAUUUUGGUCAGCAUGUGAAGAGCAAAAUUCAACAAGUGUUUCUAUAAAUCUGGCAAAUUUAAAUAUAGAAAGUCUUCCAAACAAUUUUAUAAAUAGUGAUUAUGUGUCGUGUUUAGAUUUACAAAAUAAUAAUUUUGGAUCGACAGUACAUGUAAGUGACUUUUCAAAAGUGCCAAAUCUCAAGUAUUUAAAUCUAGGAAAUACCAAGAUUGUUUUAGAAAGUUUCUUCAGUUAUUCUUACUAUAGUGUUUCGCAGAAUAUUGAAACAUUAAUUUUAAACAAUUUACAAGCUUUUCAAGUACAAGAAUAUGAUUAUACAAUAAAAAUUUGUUUUAUGUCAGUAAAAAUGCAACUUUUCUGGCAAUCAUUUGGAUUAGUAAUCAUCACUCUGUGCCUUGAUUUUGGAGAAACCUUCCAAACGGAUCUUCUCGGAAAUGUGCAACAAUUAACAGAAGAGCUAAAUUCUCUGGUUGGUGAAUCAGUAUUUGGUUACGAUGUCCUAUCGCUAAAAUCAUGUCAAAAGCAACAUCCGAAUAAUGUUUCCCUGGAUCUUUCAAAUUUAGGAAUAAAGAAACUUCCAGAAACAUUUAUUUCCAGUCAACUUGUCACAUGCUUGGAUCUACAUGGCAACGAAUUUUCAGCAAGUGUAGAUUUCAACAUCUUUCAAAUGCAACCAAACCUCGAGUACUUGAAUCUAGCAGAAAACAAACUUAAUUUACAAAAUAUUCCAGAGUUUGCCUCCCAUCAAAAAAUUAAGACAUUAAUUUUGGACAGACAAGUUGUUGCUAAUCAACACAAUGAUUAUCAAUACGAUGAUUAUCAUUACAGUUAUUCCAGUAAUAGACGCAAACAAUUACAAGAAGUGAAACCAAUUUAUUUUCUUCUACCAAACUUAGAAAAUCUUUCUCUACGAGGUGUUAAAAAAACCUUAGAUUCGUAUGAUCGUUAUAAUACUUUGAACGAUUUUUCGCAAUAUGAUUUUACUUCUACGAAUUUAACACAUUUAUUCUUGUCCGACAAUAAUAUACAAAAAAUAAAUGCCACGUUUUUUGACAAAUUUCCCCCAACAUUGACUCACUUAUUUGUGGAAAGUUGCAGUCUAACCACAUAUUCAGCACCAUUGAAUAAAACAAAAUCUUUAGCUUCUCUAUCAAUGGACAAUAAUAAAUUUUCCUGCCCAACUGGCGAUUGCAUCAAUUUCGAAAAUCAUCCGAAUUUGAAAUAUCUUUCACUGGCAAAUUGUGAAAUAAGCACUAUUUCCUGCAACGCUUUUCUCUCCAAUCAGAAGCUCGUUUACUUGGACAUAUCAGAAAAUAAAAUUAAACAAAUUUCCGAUAAAUUAUUUUUAGACACACCAGCAUUGGAAUCAUUGAAUCUAAACAAGAAUCAAUUGAGGAAUGUACCUAAUUUCCGUAGUUUGUCGAAAUUGAAAAAAUUGUACAUUAGUAAUAAUGAAAUAAAAAAUGUCCCUCAGGAUUCUUUUACUAAUUUGAAAAAUUUGGAAAUUUUGACAUUGAGUGGUAAUAAUAUUCAUUCUAUUGAGAGUAGUGUUUUUGAUAAACUUUUAAAUUUAGUUGCACUCGAUCUUUCUCAAAAUCGAAUCACGAGUUUGGAAUAUCGCCCUGCGUUUAAUCUUGAAUACUUAAUUUUGUCAGAUAAUUUAAUUUCCUCGUUAGAUAAAGUAGAAUUGAGUAACACAACAUUGAAAUAUUUGGUUCUUAUUGACAAUCCUUUGAUAUCUUUUCAACCAAAUUCGUUUAAAUUUUUAUCGGAUGAUACUACAAUUGUGCUUCGUAAUUCGAAAAAGAAAGAACUACGUUCACUAACGGAAGCAACUGAAUUCCAAAAGGAAAAAGAAUCAAUUGAUGAAAAAUUAUCGUUUGCUUGGUGCAAAAAUCAGCAAGGAAUCAAGAAUAAAAAUUUUUUUUCAUCUUUGGAUCUCUCGCAAAAGAAGAAAUUUACUUCUAAAAUUAAUUUCUCUGAAAUAAUUUGCCUCGAUCUUCAAGCCAACGAAAUUGAAGAACUGAAAAAUUUGAACUUGUUCAAUCUGUCAAAUUUGGAGUAUUUGAAUUUGGGGAAAAAUAAAAUUCACUUGCGGGAACUACAAACCUUUCAACACUCGACAAUAAGAACUCUAAUUCUAGACGAUAAUUAUCAAACAUCUUCUUCCACUUUCGGCCUUCCUUCGGAUGAAAUUUACCUUUAUUUCCAAUUACCAAAUUUGGAAAUACUUUCUAUGCGUAAUUUCACUCAAAGUUGUUUUCAAGAGGAAUGCAAAUUAAUUGUCAGCGCAUCAUCGAAACGAGUGACGCAUUUGAUUUUAUCCGAAAAUAAAAUCACUGCCCUGCAAAUUCAAUUUGACACGAAAAGUCUUGCUCACCUACAGGCGGAAAAUUGUCAGUUAAAAAAAUAUUCCUCGACGAAGAAUCAAGAUUCCCUCACUUAUCUUUCACUCGCCGGGAAUUAUUUUAAUAAUCUUAGUUUGGAUUUCCAAUCGGAAACAAAAAUGGAUCAUCUGAAAUUAUUCAUCAUAGUGACUAUUUUCUCAUGCUUCUUCAAAAUUGCAACAAGCCUUAAAUUACAUGAAUCAUACGUAUAUGAUUCACUUUUAAAGUCGCUGGGAGUCGAUCCAAAUUUUAAUGAAAUUAAAGAAAUGGAGCGGAGUAAAUUUUUACACCAACUAGUAACAAUGGAUGGUUGUGAAAAUCGACAUAAGAAAAAUAUUUUAUUGGAAUCUUCACCCCAAGAUGAACCUUCAAACUAUACCACGAAGUGUUUGGGAGCAUACAACAGUAUUCUCAAUCGACUGAUUAUUUCACAUCUACCGGAUCUUGAAUAUAUGUAUAUUAAUAUAAACUCAAGACUACGAGAUGUGAAUUUAUCACAUACGAAUAUUCAAUAUCUAUCAUUAAAUGGUAAUAUAUAUCUUGUUAUUUUACAAUCUUUCAUUCAAAAGAGUAUACUACAAAAUUCAAGUAAUCUACAAUCAAAUUUCGAUCCAAAUAAAAACGAAUCUAUUAUUUCUGAUAAUAUUUUAACUCUUCAGUUACCGAAUUUAAAAGCUCUUGCAAUUGAACAAGUUGUUUUCCACCCGGGUAACAUUAAUUUUGUGAUUAAUGUAACAUCCGAACAAUUAACACAUCUGUAUUUGAUUCACAAUUAUAAUAUAACGGAUAUAGAUCAUCAUUUUAUCAAUACAAAAAAUCUCAAUGAAAUACUUUUUCAAGAAUGUAAACUCACGUAUUAUAGGUCGUCACCGAAUCAUAGAUCAAUAACACAUUUAUCACUUUAUAAAAAUUUCAUUUCGAAUCUAAAUAACGAUUCUCUUGAUUUUCAACAUCAUACAAACUUAACAUUUUUAAUGAUUUCUAUGUGUCAUGUAUUGAACUUUCCGAAAGAUACUCUAAAAUUCAAUACAAAAUUACGCAAUUUAGAUUUGUCAUACAACGAACUAAGAGCACUUUAUAAUGACACUUUUAAAACAAAUACUGAAUUGGAAACACUAAACUUAAAUGAUAAUAAAUUUGCAAAAGUGCCAAAUUUAAAUAUUUUGAGUUUGAAAAAAUUGUACAUGGCUAGUAAUAUGAUAACGGAAUUAAAGGAAGAUACCUUCAGUGGUUUAGAGAAUUUACAAAUUUUGAUAGUGAAUAACAAUAAAAUUCAAUAUUUAGAUAGAAAAACUUUUACGAAACUUUCAAAUUUGCAAAUUAUUGAUAUGACUCGAAAUGAAUUACAUAAAUUGUAUCCGUUGCCAAUUAAUAUUAGAUAUUUAAAUACAGACCUUAAUAAUUUUAGUUUUGGACCUGAUUAUAUGGUUGGUUGUGAAGACAGAAAUGUAACGUAUCGUAAAUGUAUCUUUUAUUAAAAUUCGGAUUUUCAAGAAAGGAUGAAUAUUUUUUGUAGUUACUAAUUAUUGUAAUUUUUGAUGAAAAUUGUC